AGCAUCUCAUGCGGCCGGAACACCCACCGGGAUGAGGACGCGCUCCUCUCCGCGGUUUGGAGGUGCUGAACAAGGUUCUCGGGUUCCUGCCGCCAAUAAAUGUCGGCGAGCGGGGAAAAGUGAGUUGCGGCAGGGAGCAGGGCAGCGGGGUCGAGCUGAGAAGGCCCCGUCAAGGUCAAAUAAGGGGGAGGAGAAGAGUGUUAAAAUGACUGUGAGUUUUCAUCUAUGUGACAAGCAUAUAUCAUACGGAUAUUAGCAAAUUAUACUGGCGAGUAUAGGAACAUAUGGCCAGGAGCAUACAAAGGUUAUUAGCAGAGCAAAUGGGUUGCACAGGGAGUGUUAUUUUUAUUAUUUAAAAUGGUUGGGUGAUCAUAGGUUGAGAGAUUUUGGUAGUACAAACCUGAAAUUUAGGGUUAUAGGAAUUGGUAGUUUGCUAAUAAUUUGUUUUUGGGUAAAAUAUAAUGUCAAACAUAUAUCCUGGUAGAAUGAAAUAUGUUAAUUUAAUAUAGAGCCUCAUAGUUUCAUUAAGGGGUUGUUGAGGGUUGCCAUAGGAACCCACAUGGAAACCCUAUAUCAUUGAAUCACGGGAUUUGCUAUAGAAUCAGUAGCAUAUAUAAACUCGUAGUUUUGUAAUAUAAACUGCUCGUUUCACUAUAUACUAUUUGAGGGUUUAGGUCAAAGACAUCUGUUAUUAAAAUAUAUAAAAGGUUUUUUAUUAAAAAAUACAAGGUUCUUUCAAUGAUAGAAUUAUUACUAAAAUUGGCCAUGAUGGUCCCUACAUUAUCUGGCAGAAAGCAAAUGUACGCUGUUGUCCUAAGGAGGUGCUAGAAACGAACCAGACGCUGAAAAAAAACCAGAGGCAAUACGUUAUGAAGAAAGGUUUCAAGAAUAUAUUGUCCAUGCAACUUGAUGGUGUUGAGGGCCGGAUCUUACUUUGUUGGUUACUGGACCACAUCGACCUCGAGUCGAUGACCCUACGGGCUGGGAGAGGGAAAGAGCUCAAAUUCUCCAAAGAUGUGGUCCGGCUUGUGCUAGGCCUCCCUAGUGCCGGAUCCACACCUCCAACUGUUUUUGCCAGUGAAAAAUCCAAGCAGGUUUUGAAGUUCAGAGAAGUUAUGAAUUUGGAGAGCCGAGCAUUCAAUGUGGAAAUGAUGCAGGACCGCCUCAAAUCGGGGCGUGAUGAUGAUGCAACCAUGAUGUGCUAUUUCAUAGUCAUUUUCCAUAGCCUUCUGUUUCCUCAUGGUAGCUGGGAUAUCAGCAACGAUGAUGUUAUGCUUGCUCAUUGGGUGGUUCAGAUGCCUAAGAUUGAUUGGUGUCAACUCAUCUACACGGACCUCUGCCACAGUGUCGAAAAGUGGCAAAAAAGGAAGAAAGACAAUCAAACUGCAACAAUGUAUGGAUGUAGCAUUGUUUUUCUUCUAUAGUAUCUUGACAACUUGAACCACGUGGUGUGCCUCCCUGAGAGGUUCAGCACUCCCCGUAUCAAGUACUGGACAAAGGAGAGGAUUCAGGAGGUGUCCGUGGCUGAUCGAGUUCGUACUGGCGAAUAUGGCCGUCUCGAUUUGCGGAGCCCCUCUGAUACAUGCUAUUUAGUUGCUGGACCUGGCUCAACUGGUGGUUCAUUCUACGUUCCACGGCUGUCCGAUCUAUUGGCAGCCAAGAUUUUCCGCGCUACCUGUCCCGGACCGGAAGAAUUUGUUAGGCCUAAUCAGGGAGUAUGACCUUGACAUUCAGGCCCAGUCUGAUAGAAUUGCAGCGGCGCACCGUGCCAUUGUUGAGCGACAGUUAGAAAUUAAAGGAAGUUUUGUUGAUAUGAUUGAGGAGCUCCUCCGUGUGCGUUCUCGGGGGAAGCACGCUUCUGAAGAUCCAGAUCAGGACGGCAGCAGACGUAGUCAGUAUAAUGAAGGUGCGUAUGGGUCAGUGGAUGCAAGGUCAGGUUCUGUGGAGGGUGGCAAUGAGAGUGGUGGGUAAGCUCCCAGUUUCGUUUCGCUGCAGCUGACUCUCGGAAUGGCCGGCCAACAGUUUUCUGACAGUCAGCAAGGUGUGCGUACAGAUCAUCUGCCUGGAGAUCAGGUGGGAAGGGUACAACGUGAUGACGUUCAAACCCCCAAUGGCAUGCAGAGGGAUGGUGGUAGCUCUGAAACAAACGGGCGGGACCAUUCCCUUGGACAGGUUGACAAGGAGCCCAACACGUCAAACUUAGAGGACCUGCUGCCAAGUAGACGCCUUCGUGCCCUCUUGCUUGUAGCUGACUCACCCUUUAUGAGUGUCCUCCUUAUGAUUUUUGGAAGUGGAGUAGCAAAUGGGAAGGAUAUCGUGAGGUCGUUCAGUGUUGGGAAAGACCUCGAGGAUAUGUUUGUCCAGUUUGCGAUUGAAUGCAUCAAGUACGAUGACAGGACCAAACGAUCAUUGUCGCACGUCACCCGUGUGAUUGUUGACAUGUUCACCAUGAGAGCUCUCAAUGCAGAACAUCUUCACCUCAAGGACGACCCAGAUGCUGAUUUCACGUCGCACAGGAUUGAGAAAUCACUAGACAGAAUGCUUCCAUGUAGUGAGGCCAUGAAGAACACACAAAUGAUCCUUGUUCCAAUGCUUCAACACAACCACUGGGUCCUGUAUGUCGUGAACAGAAUCAUGAAGUGUAUCCACAUCAUUGAUUCGAACCCUUACGGUAAUGAGACGAAUUUCACAAGAUGGCAGGACUUCCACCAGCAAGCUGUAACUAUCAGGGGGAAGUCAGUCAGGUUCAACAAGCUCAUGAUGAACCGCCUCACCUCAGCUCUCCAGAGGGUCCGACCAAAUUCUGGGUUCCCUAAGUUUGGGAACUGGGAAUUCAAAUUUGAGCAUGAAGCUCCCCGUAUGAAGUACGGGUCCAACGACUGUGGGUUUUUUUGAUUAAAUAUAUGCAGUCAUUCGAUGCGAAACGUGGCAUAGUUGAAUGUGUCAUAGACCGGGAAAGGAGCCCUGAUCUGCGGGCGGAAAUUGCUGAAUACUUGAUUUUCCAUGACCUCAAUGAAGUACCUGAACUCCCAGAAGAGGUCACUAGGUGUCGGGCGAUGCCGUCAUGAUUUGUUUUGGCAAUGCUGUUGGUAUUACCAAGACCAGAGUGCUACAAAAACUUGAAUUUUUUUAUGCGUGGUUCUGUACUCCAGCUGCUGAAUAAUAGCCUGUUCGACAUGUUUAUGUUGACCAGUAUUUAUGGUUUGUACACUAACAAUUGUACUUUAACGGCGGAAAUUUGUGCUUAGAGCAUACAAGAUGCAUUCUAUCACAUUAGAUACAUCUAGUUCAGUCUCAUGUAUCACUGUAUAAUUUGGAAGUUUUGAUUGAGUCUAUUUGGAGUUUGGUCAUAGACAACUGAGCAGUUAUUAUUGAAA